AUGAGUAGCACCCUUGCCCAGAGGUACCGCUCAGACUCCGGGCAGGCUUCAACAAUAGUGGCACAUAAUGAAGAGAUAGGCUCUUUGGUCAACAAUCUUAAAGAAACAGAUGGAAGAUCUCUGCUUGACGUACAAAAGGCUCUACAAGACAGCCUGAUCUUACAAAAGCUCAGGCACAUACUCAUUGAUAAUGCCAGCCAGAAAGAGACGAAGGAUGCUUUCCGUAGAGCUGGCGGGUUUCAGGCCCUCUUGAGCUUUCUGCAAACACUAUCAGAUCACUUCGAUAGUUCAAGUCUCUCAAAUGAUAAUGUACAAGGCUUCUUUUUGACCCUGAAGGAUGCCCUGGCUGUUCUUGUGGCUGGACUUCAAGUACAUCCCGGAAAUCAGAAGUACUUUACCAAGAAGGCCAAUGGCGGUGGCUGGCAAGCACUCUACAAGUCACUGAACACGCUCCACCAGGAUUUGCGCAGUAACGAUGCACAAUUACUUGACGUGGGACGUUACAUGGGAAUCUUGCUUGCUACCGCCUUGGGCGAAGAGACGCUCUGGGAUACUUUCACAGUUUUGCAACAUGAUUUCGAAAGGGAUACUGCGGCCACCGGUGCCCUCACUGUCGAAUCUUACAUGGGCAACAAAGGCUAUGCAACUCUGUCCAGAUAUCUCAACAGCGUUGAGACCAUUGCCAUUCCUGAUCUCUUCCCACACUUACUGAACUUCUGGUCAGCUUGCCCGCCGAGGCAAGACAUCGAAUGGCAAAUGCUGGAGAAGGCCCUAACCAUGAUCAUGCAGCAGAUAAUGUGCUCAUCACGACGAAAUCUGGUGGCUUUGCAUACAGCUGGUCUAUCUCAAAGUCUCUUGGCAUUGAUGUUCGACAACUGUCGUGCAGAGAUGGAGUGUAAGGCAUACCAAGGACUUGUGCUUUCCCUGUUCUCCGAAGGCAUGGGCAGCCUAGAAGAUGCUUAUACAAUAUAUUCCAAAGCUACCACGUCAUUUGAGAUUGCACGUUUCUUGUUGAAAGCUUUACGAGCUUCACGAUGCCCUCCUUGUUUUCAUUUCGAUCUGUCUCAUGCGGGAUAUUGCUCAAUUGAAUUACCUACCCUUGGCAAGCCUUUCCCGCCUACGAACAGUUCUGGUUAUACGCUUUCUGUGUGGGCACGGUUCGAGGUGUUUGACCUCAACUCCCACACCACCAUUUUUGGUGCUUUUGACGCGAGUCAGAAAUGCUUUGUCCUGGCAUAUCUGGAGAAAGAUACAAAGCAUUUCAUUCUCCAAACUGCAAUGAAGGGUUCGAGGCCAAGUGUUCGAUUUAAAUCAGUCUCCUUCAAGCCGGGCCAAUGGUAUCACAUCUGCAUUGUACACCGGAAGCCGCGAACUGUAUCCUCAUCAAAAGCAUCUCUGUUCGUUGAUGGAGAAUUCUGCGAGCAAUUGAAGGCGAGCUAUCCCAAUCUGCCGCCUGUAGAUUCUUCAAACAGAACAGCAAUGGUGCAAGCGUUCUUCGGGACACCACAGGACCUAGCUGUACGAAGAGGACAAAAUAGCCACUCGUCCAAGUGGUCCCUAGCAUCAUCUGUGCUUUUUACAGAUACUUUCAGCGAUGACUUGAUUUCUGUGUUCUAUCAACUGGGACCACGAUAUUAUGGAAAUUUCCAGGACUGUCUUGGUUCUUUCCAGACUUAUGCGGCUUCCGCAGCUUUGAAUGUUCGCCAUGAGAAUAUGCAUCCUGGCAACGAUGAGCAGUCAGACAUAUUGUCGGCUGUCCGUCAAAAAGCAAGCAUGUUGAUUCCCGAGUCCUCAAUCAUGAUCAACAUCUCUCCAGCUGCGGUACUUGAUAGCGAAGAUCGCAAUAACAUCGACGAGUCCCAGCUCGUGCGAUCCCUAUCGAAGCUGGCCGCUCGGAAUCUUCGGAAAUACACACGAACCGGCGGAAACGCUGUAGUAAUCAAUGCAGCUGUUCCUGCUGUCAAUGAGGCUUUAACCCACGCUCACGGCGUUGCCGUGCUGACUGGUGACCCUAUUGUUGCGGUUCCUCAGUCCCUUGAUGAUGCCAGCUGGCGAAUUGGAGGAUGCUCGGCUGUUGGUUUGAGCCUUGUCAAUGCCGCUAAGACCACGGAAGAGGUGGAGCUGGCUGUCGAAAUACUAUUUGAGACCAUUCGUCAGAGCUGGCGAAAUAGCGAAGCAAUGGAAAGGGAUCAAGGAUAUGCCAUCCUUGCUGCAAUCAUUCGCGAGAAGCUCGGGUUCAUCGCCGCCGGUAAUUCAUUCGGCAACGGCAACGCAAGGUAUACAAUGGCCAUACCUACGUCGUCUACCGAUAGAAGUCAGCUUGCAAUGUCAUUGCUAAGACUCGUCCUCGACUUUGUUGGAUAUGAUUUCACCAAGCCACAAAAGUCCCUCAUCAAUAAUCCACUUGCAUAUAGAGUGUUGCUCGUGGACACGGACGUCUGGCGGCAGGCUGACGAGCCUGUCCAAAAACUGUAUUUCCAGCAAUUUGUCACGUUCAGCGUGGACAGUGAGAAUCACCGAUUCAAUUCUCGGCGUUUGGUGCGCAUGAGGGCUCUGAAAAAACUCUUAGAUGCGUUGAAAGCUGAACCAAUACUGCCUAGCACUAUGCCUCUGUUCAUGAAUGCCUUCAAGUCACUUCUGCCCGGAGCUAUGAGUGCCGAGAUGCUGCGAUCGAUAGCUCUGUUCAUCACAUUUUCGGUGCAUAAAGGCAAACCAUCAACUGGCGCGCAUUCUAGGCGUAUUCACCGUUCUGAUACUCGGACAAGGCGUGCGACACAGUCAGGAUCCCCCGAGCCACCCUAUGACACAUUGUCUCGUUUUCAGAUCGGCGUUGAAGUCCUUCGCUUGUACUCUAACUUCCUCUGCGCUGACAACGACACGUUCACGAUCAAAAAAUUUGCAAGGACUGUAACCAAUAAAUGGCUCCUAUAUUUACUUGCCGAGACCUCCGCUGAGGUUGUCAUACUGUCAGCUAAAAUUCUGGCAAGAGUGCUUGUUGUACAUGGCAGCAGUUAUGUAAAGAAGUUCAAGCAGAAAUCUGGUGGCUUUACUAUUAUGCGUCAUCGGCUGAAACGCUGGUGGCAUUUACCAGCACUUUGGCCGAUCUGUUUUGCCGUCCUUUUUGACACUGAUAUCGGCUCCAUGAAUCUCGACCGCACAUUUAAUCUCUUCGGACUGCUAGACCUGUUCGAGUUGAAUGGUUUCAAGGUCGUCAAUCCGGCCAUGUUUGAGGUUAUAAUGGGAAUGCUUCAAAACGGUCUCAAGACAGUGAUUACUUCCAAACCAACCGAGGAGUCAUCGAUCCCGGAUCCUCAGUUUCGGCGGUCAAGUCCUUCCAAUACACAAAGACUAUCGAUGUCCAAUAUGACGCCGCCGAAGCCUUUCGUUGCAACUGUGGCUGACCAUCAUAUUGAAACUCUGCACGUAGCAGUGCGGUUUUUAUCUGAUUUACACACAAGAUCGCAGCAUUAUCGGGACUUUACGGUCGGCUCUCCUUAUGUACAGGAUCUUCUUGCUAUUCUAUUCCCAGUCGUCGUUGGCUCAGAUAAUGUGAGUGCAGAAGUGGAACUUAAUGCGAGAGAGUCCAGCCUAACAUUUGAUGGUAACGACGUUGUGAUCCGGCCAUUGUCAAUAGCGCCUCCAAUACUGCGAACGUCAGAAAAUACCAACAUGCCGAAAGGGCAGAGAAGGCGAGGUCCCAAUUUAAGGCGUGGCUCGUCCUUUGUAAUGGUCCCUUCCAUUUCAAGCAAGCACCAACCAUCCUCUUCUCGUCUUCAUCCACCCGAACCUUGUCCAUCACCAAUUGCCAAACUUCCACAGCUGAACGACGGUAAUGCGGUGGUACAAAGCUUAUUGGAAAUCAUCGUUGCCGUUUUCACCGAUCAAGUCUUGAUGCGGAAGGAUUUCGCCGGUCUCGGAUUGUUCCUUAAAACACCGCCUGGAUUCCUUGAGCAUCAGACAUAUUUUGAAUCGUGGAUCCUGCGCAACACGUUAUCUCAACUUAACAACACGAUCUUGCUGAACCAGAAAGUCUUAUGGGAGCCGAAGGUCCUGUCCAAUCUGGCACGUCUUUUCUUGCACAUUGGUGAGGCGCUGUAUGAAGGAUGGUUCAUGGGCGGUGCGGACACAGCAUUGGAUUUCUCUGGAUCUGUUCUCGAGUAUCUUCAGAGAUCCGACAUUUCUCAAAUCAAAAGUGUCAGGUUAUGUAGCCAAGCAAUUGAAGUCAUUCGCUCAACCAUGUUUAGAACUGUGCUUCUCAGCCUCUCGCAGAUUCAGGACUCCGAUAAUCUGCCCUUUCUCGCCAAGCUUGGAUACUGGCAGACGGUGCUGUUAUCGGGCGAAGAGACACAUUCCGAAUACCUGCAGCUGAUAUGCUACCUGCUGUACGCAAGUCUUGUUUCAUCACAAGAAUCUGUUCGAAUGUCUGCAGCCAAUCUUUGGCGUAUUAUCUUGGUUCAAAGACCAAGUGAAGCAUCUGCGAUCUUGAAGCAGGCUACCAGUUCGGAACAGCGCAGGUUGGCAUCAGGCUUUGAAAAACUAGUUGAGCUUGACAACGAGACCUUCCUGUACUGGAUCGAUAGUCAUCGUGAUGAGCUGGAUAGCUUGUUCUUUACGACGUUGGCUGGAUCAUGGGACAAAUUUGUAGCCGAAGAGAAUGCGAAGACGGAAGAGACAGGGAAGCAACGUGUAGCCAAACGAAGAGAAAAGCUGAAGCAAUGGGCCCAAGAUGAAGCAAGCAAUGAAGACAUCAUUCGUCGUCACGAAGUAACUUUCGACCAUUGGACGUCUAACAUAUAUGCUUCAGAACAGCUGAAGCACCAAAGAACGACUCAGGACCAGCAAGAUAACACCAUUUUUGUUUUGUCGCGAUUUGACCAAAUGAAAAGGGAAGUAGAACUGCCCACUGGCUUUAUGCCAACAUCCACUCCAACGAAAUGGCGUCUUGACCAAACUGAAGGACGAAACAGGAUGCGCCUUCGCAUUACGCCAAAAGUGGAAGAAGUUCAAGAAAGAUAUCAACCAAAGCGAAAAACUUCAAAUGUAGCAUCUCUCAAAGUCGAAACCAGUGUUCCACAAAUUACAAGCGCUGAAGCUUUUGGAGUCACUCCCGGUGGCGCAACUCCAGCUCAGAUCUCACCAAGACCUGGCGAUACCUCUUCGGAGCCUUUCCCGGACAUGCCAGUGACAGAUGACGCUGAGCACAGUAUCGAGAAGCCGGAUCUCGAGGAGAGUUUUGAGCUAGUCGAGGACCCUAAGGACGAUGCAGGUGGGUAUGAAGACAAGAAUCGCAAAGUUAUGCGGAGCCUGCAUCGGGGAGAUCAGGUCCAACAUGUGUCAAACAUAUCUCGCAUCAUUGGUCUGGAAGCAGCAGAAGGUCUACUUAUUCUGGGAAAAGACAGCCUGUACCUUCUUGAUAACUUCUUCCAGCGCGCAGAUGGUGAAAUUGUCAAUGUUUGGCAGGCCCCACAUGAAGAACGAGAUUCUUACGUGCGAAUGAUCUCGGGACGCGAAGCGUUCGAAAGACGGCCAACUUCUGGGAACGAUGAGCAUGAGACCAGGAGUUGGAAAUGGGAAGAAGUGAUCAGUGUAUCCAAGCGACGUUUCCUGUUCCGAGAUGUUGGACUUGAGCUCUUCUUCGCCGACGGACGAAGCUACCUGCUCACUACUAUGAGUCCAGUGGCCAGAAAUGAUCUUCACGCGUUGGUAGCUGCCAAAGCCCCACAACACAGUAGUGCUAACACCUCCAUGCGCUCUGAAGACACUUGGCGAUUCGAGACUCUGCGGAGUCCAGACGAAGAACCACAGUCAUUGGGAUCCAAGUUUGCCAAUGUUUUCGGACAAGCAGCCACCAAUCCUGCCACACGACGGUGGGUGAAAGGCGAGAUUUCGAAUUUCCAUUAUCUGAUGUUGAUCAACACUAUGGCCGGUAGAACAUUUAACGAUCUCACUCAAUAUCCCGUAUUCCCUUGGAUUUUAGCGGACUACACAAGCGACGAGCUGGAUUUGACGAAUCCCAAAACAUUCAGAGACCUUUCCAGACCGAUGGGAUGUCAAACACUUGAACGGGAGGCAGAGUAUAAAGAUCGUUAUGCGACUUUUGCAGAAAUGGGUGACCACAAUUCACCAGCCUUCCACUAUGGUACUCAUUAUUCCUCUGCCAUGAUCGUUACUUCGUAUCUUAUCCGCCUGGAACCCUUUGUCAAGUCCUACCUUUUACUGCAGGGCGGCAGUUUCGACCACGCUGACCGGAUGUUUUAUUCAAUUGGCAAGGCGUGGGACUCGGCAUCUCGAAUGAAUAUGACGGACGUGCGAGAGCUGACACCAGAAUUCUUCUAUCUGCCCGAGUUUCUCUUGAAUUUGAACUCCUACGAGUUUGGUGCUCGCCAGAACUCGAGCCAAUCCAUCAGUUCCGUGGAGUUGCCUCCUUGGGCCAAAGGAGACCCUAAAAUCUUCAUCGCAAAACAUCGUGAAGCUCUCGAGAGCCCUCAUGUUAGUCGCAACCUACAUAAAUGGGUCGACCUGGUCUUUGGACACAAGCAAAAAGGCGAGGCCGCCAUCGAAGCGGUCAACGUCUUUCAUCACUUGUCAUACCAGGGAGCAAAAGAUCUCGACAGCAUCACGGAUUCAGUGGAGCAGCUGGCCACGAUUGGUAUCAUACACAAUUUUGGUCAAACACCAUAUCAGGUCUUUCAAAAGGCCCAUCCUGCACGUGAAGAGAUCCGCCACAAAUACAAACGCUUGGACACGGCUGCUGAGUCCCUCACUCGACUACCGUCUCCGCUUCUCAAUAGCGAAGAAAGAGUUGCGUCUUUAUCAUUUUCCUGGAGGUCAGAACGUCUUCUGUGCUCGGCGGCGUUCAGACUGAAUAUCCCUCCUAGUUACGAGAAGUACAUGGAGUGGGGUUUUGCCGAUGGCAGCAUUCGUUUCUACUCUGCGGACAAUCGAAAACUACUCGGUCACUUUGAGCAUCUGCAUAUUGGACAGCUUUCUUCUGCAACGUUUGCUGAUUCGCGGACCCUGGUGACUGCUGGUACUGAUUGUACCGUUUCCGUCUGGAACGUUCUCUCACCCGGCAAGAACGUGGAUUUGCAGCCACGAUCGUCCCUCUUCGGACACCGGACCACGGUCACCGUACUUGCUUUAUCAAGGUCGUUCAGCGCGCUACUCUCAGCAUCGACUGAUGGAACGGUGAUUUUGUGGGAUUUGAAUCGGCUUGAAUUUGUGCGUAUCUUGACCAAGGGCAAACCAGUGGACUGUGCGCGGAUCAACGAUGUCAACGGUGAUAUUGUGCUUUGUCACGACUCAAGAAUCAUCAUGUAUACCCUCAACGGUGAGCUGCUUCUUGACCAAACGGCGGGCGAUAGCACAGAAGACUCGAUAUUAUCUUGUGCUUUUUACGAAGGCGCUGGGAAUGAAUGGCUUGAACGAGAGAUUUUCUUUACUGGACAUAAAUAUGGCGUUGUCAAGGUGUGGAACAAGGUCAUCCGUGGUGGCCAUUUUGAGCUGGGACUCAUCCGUCAGCUGAAUCAUGUUGAUAACAGCCGCGAUGAUGGCGGCAACGUUCGGGCUGGGAUUUCCUGUGUUCUACCCAUGCCCCAAGUGGUCUAUACGGGUGAUGAGGAAGGGAGAGUGGAAUUCGAGAGCAAGGCGCCCGUAGAGCCAGGCAAUCUGGACUUUGACGCCCGCGUCCCCAUCCCCAUUAGUGUCUUCCCGUCUACGUACCGGAGUGACGCUUCUGCUGAGACUACCAUCACUGAGACCACAAAGGUAGAGGGCACAGUCAGACCUCCUCGCACCACUUCGCGCGUCGGACGGGAAGAUACUCGUGAGGAGAUCGACAUCGAGGUCAGAGAUCGACGACCCCAGCGCGAAGAACGAGAGGAUAUUCGUGUUUACGCCGAGAAAGAUCAGCAGUACCCUGAGGUUGAACUUACUCGAGAACGCUACAAUCGAAGUGAUAAGAGAUAUCCCGAAGUAGAGCUCACUCGCGAACGCUACAAUCGUCCGGCAGAAGGCAGCAGAGUCGACAUCGAGAUCGACCGCCACCGCACACGAGAUCAAGCCUACGAGUCUCAGAUCGACAUCACUGAGCGCGAAUACCGCCGUCGCAUCGACCCAACUUACGAAGUCGAGUACCGUCGUCAAGCCCCUCGUGCGGACAUCGAAGUUACCAAGGAAGAAGUUCGUACUGCCGACCCCACCCCCAGAAACGAUAUGGGCUACUACGACGACGAAGGUCAUUACCAUAGCUUUCGACGCGGUGUCGAACGCGUCGCUGACCGUGUCUUCCACCCUUUCAGUCAUCAUCACCCCCAUCACCAUGGAGACAAGGAGGAUGUGAUCGUCACAAGCGACGAGUCGGGCCCGACCCGUGUUAGUGAAGGGGUGCGCGAGACUGUCCGCUUCGUUGGGCCACGUGGAGGAUUUCCUGCCAACACGGUCACUAUCCCAUGUCACUUCAUCCGUGUUGGUGACUUGGUGAUCUUGCAGGGUCGUCCAUGCCAGGUCAUCCGCAUCUCAACUUCUACUCAGACUGGACAGCUGCGAUACCUCGGUGUUGAUCUUUUCACCCGUCAACUCCAUGAGGAGAGCUCAUUCGUCAGCAACCCGGGAGACUCGGUCAUUGUACAAAGUAUGUUGGGACCGGUCUUCAAGCAAUACCGUAUCUUGGAUAUGCGUGACGACGGCAGACUUGUCUGCAUGACGGAGAGCGGUGAUGUUAAGCAAGGUCUGUCGGUCAUCGAUCAGGGUGGCCUGUACAACAAGAUCGAAUGCGCGUUUGCCGAUGGACGAGGAAGUGUCAGGGCUCUGGUCAUCAAUGAUGGAGGAAGAGAAUUGGUCGUUGACUACAAGGUCAUCCAUAGUUCGAGACUGUAA